UUUCCUAAAUAACUGCCUCUGCGUCUAGUUGGUGGUUGCGUUUCUGUGUUAAAUAUUUACGAUGUAUCGAGACGAGUUGCAGGACGACGAAGAUUUGCGUGUGGAAAUAUUUCAUCUAAAAAAACAACUGUCUAAUGUUAGCACGGAAAAUAAUUUCUUGAAGGUAAAAAUUAGGAAACUACAAAACGAAAUCGUGAAAAAGGACAAGCAGAUGGAUGUUAUGUUGGAUCCUCGUAAGACUAAUGACGUUCGUAAAAUACUGUACGAACGCAGCGCUUCAUUCGUCUUAAACAUGAAAGAAAAAAACGACGAAUUAUUGUAUCUUCUACGCGAAAAAGACGUCCUAAUAAGACGUCUUCAGAACCAGCUGGACAUUACCAAAUUAUACUCGCAACCACCCAAACGUCACUUUCCGUGCAAAUGUCCAGAUCAUGUAGAACUCGACAACAAAAUUCGCCAAAUACAAGUAAAAACGUCGCGUUGUAAAAGCGGAAAUUUUUGCCUCAAAGCUUCGCAAGACGACGAAAAUAAAAAGAAAGAGAGAAGUUUAUCGUGGACCCCUGGUCUUCACGAAGCUGAAUCUACCCUUAUCGAAGAACUAAAAUCAAACGAAGAAAAGUGCAAUAAAGCACAAAGUAGUGCACAUGACGUAAAAGAUCAAUACAGGAGUCUGUCUCGCGAUCACCUUCUAUCAAUUAUUGAAAAUUUGAAGAACAAUCAAAGAUAUUCGCCGUUAUCUCAACAAACCAGCUCCAGAAAGUCUAGUCCUGAAAGCGAUUUAGAACGAAUAGAGCUUUUGUGUGAAAGCCCUCAUGAAGAAAUACAACAACUUCAUCUACAUUUCCUGGAUAUGAUUUCUGAGGUAGAUCAUCUGAAGAAUACAAUCGCUCAGUUGCAAAACAAUCAAGAGAAGACAGACAACGUGUUGCGAAAAAAAAAUACAAACAUUGACAAACUAGCACAAGAAAUAAAAAAUCUAAAACGCCCAAAAUCCAGGCCUAAACCUAGCCGAAAUCGUAGUAAUAGGUGCUACAGCAGCGCAGAUUUCGUCAGUCAAGUGUAUUCUACAAACAACACCGUUAACAAUCAUAAAAGAGACUGCGUUAGAAGCGAAAGAAACAAACGUGUUAAAACAAACGAAAAGAAAAGUAAUGAUAAAGAAGAAAAGUCAGAUCGUUCUAAAGCAAGUACACUAAGAAGAAAGCAAGAUAUGAAAAACGCGAUGGUUCAAGUAAGCGAAAUAGACAGUCCGGAAAGCUCCAAUCGAUGUGUUUACAUCGAAAAGGAGAGUAUCACGAUUACACAAAAGGCCACAUCUGUUGAUAAACAAGAAAAAGAGUACGAUUAUGAGGACGAAAUAUUCGAGGAAUGUGACGACGAAUCCGUUGCAGCGACUUGAAACUUUA